CGUCAACCUGUCAUGGCGGCCCCCGUGAUACUCCCACGUGGUCAGAUUCUCCAGGAAGUGUCGGAGUAGAGCCUAGGCCCUAGUACUAGAGCUGAGCCUGGUGUCGUCGCAGUGGCUUUUCGGUCAGCCAUGAAGUUUAAAAGAGGAAACAAGUUUAAGACCCCAUUGAAGUUGAAGCAAAAAGGCAUCCAAGUAACUGGGCAAUGGAAACCUGUUGAGAUCGACCCAAAUCUCUUUGCUGAUGAGCAGCUUGGUGGCUUAGUAUGUUUUGAAGAACUUACGGAUUAUAAACUGGUGGCUUCCCGUAAAGUGGGAGAAGAAACCAAGACAAGAAAAGCCGUCGGUGAGGAGGAAGACAGUGAGACUGUGAAGUCAGAGAGCCCUGUUCCCAAGAAGAAGAGAAAGAAAGAGAAGAAUCUAGGACAGGAGGCCACGGAAGACAGUGGAUUGACCACAGAGGAUCAGCCAACCGACUGGGGAGACACUGUUGCUAGCCAAGCUGAGAGUGAUGAGGGAGUUGAGACAAGCCUAAAACAAAAACCGAAAAAGAGGAAACGGAAGAAGAAAGCAUGUUCUCUCCAAGAUGUACCCACCACCACUUCCAAAAAGGCAAAAAGCUGGACAGCAGAAGCUCUGUCUGCCUCGCCGGAUGUCCACGUAGACAUGUCUGCAUGGAAAGGUCUCUUUGUUCCUCAGCCUGUUCUACGGGCGCUUGGCGAAUUAGGGUUCAGCGCUCCAACUCCUAUUCAGGCUAUGGCUCUGCCUUCUGCUAUUCGAGACAGCAUGGAUGUCCUUGGUGCUGCAGAAACAGGAAGCGGAAAGACUCUCGCUUUUGCAAUCCCAAUGAUCCACUCCAUCCUGCAAUGGCAAGCAUCAGAAGAUUUGGCAAGUGAAGGUGAUAGUACCCUUGAAGAAGCAGCAGGUAGAGAGGAUGAUGUGCCAAUCCUGGAAGUGAAGGAGGAAGCAGAAGGCCUGAACCCUGUUGGAAGCAAAGCUAAUGGUACCGCUGCUGAGGAUGACAAAUCUCCGGCAACAGGCUGCAUGAAGGUGUCGGAGGAUAUAGAAUCGGAUUUGGGUGCCAAGAAACAUGAUGUAGAGAAACGCAAUCCUCUUCUGGGAUUGGUCCUAACUCCUACAAGGGAAUUGGCAGUCCAAGUCAAACAUCAUAUUGAUGCAGUGGCCAAAUACACAGGUAUUAAGUCAGCCCUUGUUGUUGGUGGGAUGGCUUCUCAGAAGCAGCAGCGGAUCUUGAAAAGGAAGCCAGAAAUUAUUGUCGCAACCCCGGGGCGCCUGUGGGAGUUGAUUCAGGAGAGGCAUCCACAUCUCUCAAGCUUCCGGCGGCUCAGGUGCCUGGUGAUAGAUGAAGCCGACCGGAUGGUUGAGAAAGGACAUUUUUUAGAACUGUCACAAUUGCUGGAAAUGCUGAACGAGUCACACUACAACCCCAAACGUCAGAUAUUUGUCUUUUCUGCCACCCUGACACUGAUCCAUCAGACCCCCACUAGAAUCCUCCGGAAGAAAAAGGCUGUGAAAAUAGACAGAAAAACCAAGCUGGACAUGUUAAUGCAGAAAGUGGGCAUCAAAAACAAGCCCAAAGUGAUUGACCUGACGAGAAAAGAAGCCACUGUGGAGACUCUCACGGAGACCAGAAUCCACUGUAAUGUGGAAGAGAAAGACUAUUACCUCUAUUACUUUCUGUUGCAGUACCCGGGAAGAACCAUGGUUUUUGCAAACAGUAUAGACUGCAUCAAGCGAUUAACUGCACUCUUGACCAUAUUGGAUUGCAAUCCUCUGCCUCUUCAUGCAAAUAUGCAUCAGAAACAAAGACUGAAAAACCUGGAGCGGUUUGCAGAACGUGACUGCUGCAUCCCUCCUUUUCACUCUUAAUCGAGCGUGGGUUUCCGCUUCGCGGGUCUCACAUCUCCUAAUGUGCAGC